GUAUAUGGAAUCUGGGUCAGCUGUAGCUGGUUAGUGCAUUUCUGCAUGUGACAGCAAGACACAGCAGCUUCAAACACACUACUAUCCCUUUUUCUGGAAUAGAAUACACUGGAACUUCAGUUAUGUUUCUUAGAGAGAUUUAGUUAGCUUGAUUUUUUUAUUCUAUUAAAUCUGCAGGAAGACGAUCAAUUCCUUAAUACAGUUUGGAUCUAACAGGGCAAGAAAAAAACGUUUUCACUAGAACUACAAAUUAACAAACACACACACUGGUAACACAAAGAAGAAAAAACAAGUUGACUUCUGGAUUUUUAAUCUACUGUAGAAGCCAAAAGCAGCAGCAAAAUUUGUUUUUGGAAUCACCUGCAGAUUAAGAGACCCCAGAGAAAAAGCUAAGGGAAAUUCUUCUGAAAGCCAUCACAUUCAUCUCAAAAUGAAGAUCUCUACAUGGACUUUGGGUGUGCUAUUAUUCCUACUACUGUCUACAGGACACUGCACAGAAAAGUCUAAACUCAAUAAAAUAUCCACGAAGAGGCACCCUCGUUCAACAGAUGGUGGAGAGGAAGGAAAAAAAUGUGGUUAUACUUUCUUGGUUCCUGAACAAAAAAUAACAGGGCCAAUUUGUGUAAACACCAAAGGACUAGGAGCAGAUAACAGAAAAGAUGAAAUCACAAGGAUGGACAUAGAGAACCUGAAGGAAGUAUUGUCCAAGCAGAAACGCGAGAUUGAUAUCUUGCAGCUAGUGGUGGAUGUGGAUGGAAAUAUUGUGAAUGAGGUAAAACUGCUGAGAAAAGAAAGUCGCAACAUGAACUCCCGAGUCACUCAGCUCUACAUGCAGCUCUUGCAUGAGAUAAUCCGAAAGCGUGAUAAUUCACUUGAGCUUUCCCAACUGGAAAAUAAAAUCCUCAAUGUUACAACAGAAAUGUUGAAAAUGGCAACACGAUACAGGGAGCUUGAAAUAAAAUAUGCAGCACUAACAGAUCUUGUAAAUAAUCAGUCUGUGAUUAUCUCUUUAUUGGAAGAGCAGUGCUUGCAGAUACUGUCACGACAGGACACCGAUGGAUCUCCUCCUCUUGUUCAGGUGGUGCCACAGCACAUUCCUAACAGCCAGCACUAUACUCCCAGCCUUUUGGGAGGUAAUGAGAUACAGAGGGACCCAAGUUAUCCUAGAGACAGAGACAUAAGGCCACCACCUGAUCCAGCUACUUUUCCUACAAAAAGUCCUUUCAGGAUACCACCACUAACUUUAAUCAAUGAAGGUCCUUUCAAAGACUGUCAACAAGCCAAAGAAGCUGGGCAUUCCAACAGUGGGAUUUAUAUGAUCAAACCUGAAAACAGCAAUGAACCAGUACAGUUAUGGUGUGAGAACAGCCUGGACCCUGGAGGCUGGGCAGUUAUUCAGAAAAGGACAGAUGGAUCUGUCAAUUUCUUUAGGAAUUGGGACAGUUAUAAGAAAGGAUUUGGAAAUGUUGAUGGAGAGUACUGGCUGGGACUAGAAAAUAUUUACAUGCUUACCAAUCAGGACAAUUAUAGGCUAUUGAUUGAACUAGAAGACUGGAGUAAUAAGAAAGUCUAUGCAGAAUAUAGCAGUUUUCGCCUGGAGCCUGAAAGUGAAUUCUAUAGGCUGCGUCUGGGAACUUACCAGGGAAAUGCAGGGGAUUCCAUGAUAUGGCACAAUGGAAAACAAUUUACAACACUGGACAGAGAUAGAGAUACAUACACAGGAAAUUGUGCCCAUUUUCACAAAGGAGGCUGGUGGUACAAUGCUUGCGCACAUUCUAACCUUAAUGGAGUGUGGUACAGAGGAGGCCAUUACAGAAGCAAAUAUCAGGAUGGGAUUUUUUGGGCUGAGUACAGAGGAGGUUCAUAUUCCCUGAAAGCAGUUCAGAUGAUGAUCAGACCCAUUGACUGAAAAACAAAACAAAACAAAA